UCGACGUCGUCGAGUUCGUGGCCGGUUUGCUGCUUCAAUCGAUACAACAAAAAUAGGUUUAUUUUUCGUAUUUUCUCGUGAAAUUGUUACAUUUUCUGUUCGAAAACAUUCUUUGAUUGGUAGAGACUAUUUUCUGUGCAAGGUAAUCAUUACUACGAUUGAAAAUCGGAAAAAACUAUAUUGUUUUGAUUGAAAUAGAAUUAUAACCUCAAUGUGCCCGGUGGUGUUAUAAACAGAGAGACAGACUUUCCACGUCAUGAUCGACCGCCUGAAAUCCACCGAUACCUCCUGCCGCCACUACUACGGUCCGCUGGUUAGCCGACACGUCAAAACCAUUCUGGAAUCCGGCCUGCUCCUCGACGAAGACUACGAAGUGCUUUUAAAGAGCAGCGUAUUUAAAAUCUAUCCAAUUAAACCGUCCGGAGUUCCAUUAGGGUUAAUUGGGGGCGCCCUGCUCGCCCUAGGCUCCCUGCUAAUGGCCAAACGGUGGAAAUCGCCCCUAGUGAUGGCACCGGCCGCAGCCCUGACGCUGGCGUUAGUGUGCUCGGAGCGGAGGUCCCGAUUGAAAAUUGGGAGGCGACAAGAAGGUGUGGGGAGAUUGAUAAAAGGAUUAACCAAGGUGCGAAAGCUGCACGGCUCCAUAAUUCGAUAUAUGGGGCUCAGGAAGGAGUUAAUCUCGAAGAACGAAGGCGACAGUUUGUUAAUCUACGAGAAAAACAUCGAGGACUACAUUAAAACCUUCAUCAAAAGAAACAGUGAAUUAUUUGAGUUGAUGUUACAAGAAUUAGAAGCUCUAAGUACAAUAAAUGACGACCUACGUCUUGAUUAUAAAUCUCUGAACGAAAUUAACAUUAACACAGUCCUAGAAAUAAAAAAUUACACUAUUUCAGACUGUCUAGCUGUUACAAAAUCAAUACACGACUUACACACGUUCCUAUCUUCGAAAUAUCUAAAUUACCUCGGUCUUUCAUUACACCACCAUCUCCAAGAACCUAACUGCAAAUCAUUAGAAGAUCUCAUCGAUAAAACCAUACCAAACCUUAAUAACGUUAUCGAAAACCUUCACGAAGCUUGUCGAAAACAAUUCAACGAUCUCCGGUACUCAGCAUCAAAGAAGGCAGAAAUAGAAACGAAAAAUAAAGGUAUUUUUCGUAGACAUGUCACUGGUACGCUUCAUCAUACUCUAACGGAAACUGUGAACAACUUAUCUGUGAUAAUGGAAAGGUCACGAGCUGUUCUGGAAAAAAUCGAGACCGAGGAAGAUCCUAAAAGAAUGGAGAUUUCUUUAAAGGGUUUACGAGAUCAUGCUUUGGCUACUUACGAAUCUCUAGAUGUGCUUUGUAGACUGUACGGUAUACUUUCAGAUAGUAAUAAAAAUCAAACAACCGUACAAAAUAUACCAAGUAAAAGUAUAGAUAGAAAAUCUAGUGUUAAAACUGAGGAGGUUCAUUUUGACGAAGAGGUUGAACCUAUUGAAGAAAACUUUGAAUUAUAUAUACCACAAGACGAGCAAAGACGUGUUGAGGAACAACGAUCUUAUAAAGAUGAUAGUGGAGUGUAUUUAAGUUUAAUGUUAAAGGAGUUAAGACAGUCGUUGAAAAAGCAUGAGCGGUUUAUUGCUGCAAGAAGUAAAAGAGGAAUGGAGGAUGAAGAUGAUGAUAAAAAUACGGAAGAGCCUGUUAAAGAAAAGUCACCACCUAAGUUUAAUCUGGAUGUUUUUAAUGUUAAAGAACCUACAAAGAUUUCUGAGGAAUCUGUAUUAGAAAGUAAAACUACUGUUUCUCCAGUUACAACACCUUGUUCGAUAGCUAGUGUUCCAAAAUUACCUCCUCCUCCUCCACCACCUCCUCCUAGUUUUAAUUUGAGUGACCUACAGGAAGCUCAUUAUUUAGGUAAUAAACGGACUUUUUUCGAAAAUAUUAAAGCUUUAUCUGAACAAGUUCAAGGUGAAGAAGAAGUUUUUGGAAAUUGUGAUGACUCUGAUCAAAGUGACGAAUAAACUUUGUGCUAUAUGUGUUUACAUAAUUCUGAUUUAUUGACGGUGUAUUGUGGUUAUUUUAAAUGUAAAAUAAUAACAAAAUUGUUACUUUUAAAUUAUUUUCUAGAUGGAUUAAAAAUCCAUUGACAUUUGAUUGAAAAUGACAAUAAACAUAUUUUUAUUUA